AUGGCUGUAGCUUUUCAGCAACAAAUUUUUGCAUUAGAUGCUCGUUUUAAUGCAUAUCGAGCACCAGGAAAUCCAAACUUUAAGACCCUUUACAUAAGGAGAAGAAGCCAACUUUUGAGAGAAAAUGCCAAAUUUAAGGAUAUUGAAACAAUUAAAAAGUACAUUAAUAUAAGAAGCCAGUUGCUUCAACGUCGGUAUGGAGUACAGGAUAAUAUAUCAAUCAGUUCAUCGUCAUCCAAACAAAGAUCCAAUAGUAAGGCCAGCCUGGCAGUUGAUGAGUGUAUAACAAUCAAUCCCAAGAAAAAAAGUGACAUGACAAUAUCUGAGAAUUAUGCUUUCUCUGGAGUUCAUCAUAUAUUUGAUCAGCAUACAGAUCAAGUAAGCAUGGUAAAGUUUGCUAACAAUGACCGUUCAAAGCUGUGCUGUGUCUCUCAUGAUGGAAAGGUUUCAGUGUGUGAUGUCACCGCUACACCACCAAAGGUGUCUUUCAUGCUUGAAGGUCACACUAAACCGGUCACAGGUUGUGAUUGGUCGGCGUCCAACGAGCUUCUAGUGACGUGUGGUCUAGACGGUAUGUUGUUAGUGUGGCACGUGGGGACCGCGGCUCGACUGCGUGCGGUGAGGGACCAGCUCGGGGCUCCAUUAUUAUGCUGCGCCUUCCAGCCCAUCAAUAACAACAUGCUCAUUGCCGGUAAUGCAAGAGGUAUGGUUGAAGUUCUUAAUGUAUCGACUGGGAUAUACCCUAGAGGUGGGAGCAGUAUCCUCGGAGGACAGGUUCUGUCUAUAGCGUGUGAGUCCAGUGGUAGAAUAUUUUGGGCGGCAAACGAUAAGGGUUUAAUAGUGAGCUACAGUACGUGUGGCGCGGGCGGGUCGUUGAGGAAGCUCCGUCGCUGUGCGGUGGGCGCGGCCGUGUCCUCUCUCUGUUGGAGCCCCUGGCUCGCCCGACAUCCUGCACUGUUGGUUAGCGUCGCUGACGACUCGCUGUAUCUCUUCAGGAUUUCCGAUCGUGAGGGCGGUCUGACCCUCAAGAAGCGUUUCUGUACGCAGCACCGCAGCCAGCGCGUCCGCUCCACGUUCUGUCCGUUGAUGUCGUUCCGUCGCGGCGUGUGUGUGGUCAGCGGCUCCGAGGACGCCUGCGUCUACUUCAUGGACAUUGAAGGCCACGCGGACCAACCCGUCGUUAACAAACUACAGGGUCACGCGUCUCCCGUGCUCGGGGUCAGCUUCAGCUACGACGAGAGUCUCCUCGCAACCAGCGACUCCUCAGGACUCGUCAUUAUAUGGAGGAGAGGAUGA